AUGACUGAUUUCUCAACGAUUAUCCCACUGGGCGAGUUUCAACACGACACUCUAUGGGCUUUAAUCGUCGGUAUCAUUUUGGCAUUCUUGCUUGGUUUUGGAAUGGGCGCAAACGAUGUGGCAAAUGCUUUCGGUACAUCAGUGGGAAGCAAAGUGUUGACUCUUAUACAAGCCUACAUUUUGGCGACAAUUUUCGAGACUCUCGGAUCGGUGUUAGUCGGCUACAAUGUGAUUGAUACGAUGCGCAAAUCUGUCGUCGACAUUGGGCUGUACGAGGCUGAACCGAAAAUGUUGAUGAUUGGACAAUUGGCUAUUUUGGGAGGCUGUUCAACAUGGUUGAUGAUCGCGACUCUCCUCCAAUUACCGAUUUCUACAACUCAUUCAAUUGUCGGCUCGACGCUCGGCUUUUCAAUUGUUUUGAAAGGACUGAACGGAAUUAAAUGGAGAACCGUCAUCAAUAUUGUUGCCUCAUGGUUCAUUUCUCCGAUUUUCUCUGGGCUCAUGUCGACAACCGUUUACCUGAUCGUCGAUCAUGCCGUUUUGAGAAGGAAAAACCCGCUCGAAUGCGGUCUGAAAGCGAUGCCAAUUUUCUUCUUCUUUUGUUUCACUUUCAACGCUUUCAUGGUCACUUAUCAGGGCUCAAAAGUCCUGCACAUCUCCGCUGUGCCCCUCUGGUUGGCGAUCGUGAUCUCAUUGAGUGUCGGCCUACUCACCGCUUUAAUCAUUCAAUUCGUGAUGGUGCCACGAGUGAGAGCCAGAACGGCUCAAGCCCUGACAAGUUUGGAGAAGAAGAAACGCGGCGCAUACACGAAUGACAUCGUUAUUGGCAUUGACAUCGACAACCAGAAAGCAAAAAGUAUCCCAACACCAGAAACUAUGUCACAGAGCUCACAAGAGAAGCAAGAAGAAAAGCUUUCGGCUACAGGUAUUCGAGGCUUCUUCAAAUGGCUUUUGCCUAAAAAGGAUCGUGUUGAGAAUAAAGAAACGCUAACCCUUUUCACGACGAUUCAAACGUUUACCGCUUGUUUUGCCGGUUUUGCGCACGGGGCCAAUGAUGUUGCAAACGCUAUCGCGCCUCUAGCUGCUAUGGUGUCAAUGUAUCAAGAUGAAAAUGUUUAUCAAGACAAGCCGACACCAAUCUAUGUUUUACUUUAUGGAGUUGUCGGCAUUUGUGUGGGGCUUUGGAUUCUCGGGCAUCGAGUGAUCAAAACAGUUGGCACAAAUAUGAGUGAAGUGAAUCCGGCUAGUGGUUUCACGAUCGAGUUCGGUGCCGCACUGACCGCAUUGAUAGCCUCAAAGUUGGGAUUGCCGAUUUCAACAACGCAUUGCCUAGUGGGUUCAGUGGUGUUUGUUGGGACGGUGAAAUCGGGAGAGGGAAUUAAAUGGAAAAUCUUCAGAAAUAUUGCUUUCUCGUGGAUUGUCACAUUACCAAUUGCAGGUUUAAUCUCGGCAGCGAUUAUGAUCGGACUCAAGUAUGCUUGUGGUUUA